ACACAACAACCAACUUGAAAAAAAAAAGAAAGCUCUCUUGCUCUCUUCCUUUCUCUGCUACUGAUGCUUUCUUCUCUUCCAUCAACUUCUUUGAUCAUAUUUAACAUUUACCACUGACCAUCGCGGCGAUCAGUUCAAAUACAAACCUCAUCCAAAUACAAACUCUAAGCGGUUCUUUUUCGACCGUGUCGGUAUACGACUACAAAAAUAUAUCACUUCCAAAGAAAACCUCAUCGCAAAAAAAAAAGAAAAACGUAAUUUAUUUUCCAUUAGUAGUUUGCAUUUUAUCGCAGUUGAAGAAAAAAUAAAAUUAAGAUACUUUCGGAAUCCGGGAAAUUUGAAAAGAAACAUGCUUUGAAUCCACAUUUUGCAACAUGUUGACUGUCAAAGAUACAAUCCACUUACUGUUGUUGAAAGCCAAAUAGUAGAGACAACAAUCAUUAUCUUAUCUAAGAACCUCUCAACGAUACAAAUAUAAUCCACAAAAGAUAAUCUUUUCCUAUACACAAUACAAUUUAAUUUUUAGUACACAUAAAAUAUGAGUAGUGCAAUUGUUGGUGCGGCCAAUGCCAUAGGUGGCGCCAUGAGUGCAGCUACAAGUGUUGGCUGGUUUGUUCCAAUGUUGGUGGCAGCUAUAGCAUAUUUUCAAUAUGAAGAAAUUAUGGACCCUGAAUCGAGAAUCGUCCCCUCUGAUGAAAUCCUGGAUCAUUAUGACUUUAUUAUAAUAGGAGCGGGUUCGGCGGGAGCUGUUGUUGCUAAUAGACUGACAGAAGUCGAAAAUUGGAAUGUUCUUCUAAUCGAAGCUGGUGGCGAUGAAACGGAAAUAUCUGAUGUGCCCCUGAUGGCUGGAUAUCUACAAUUGAGUAAAAUGGACUGGAAAUACAAAACGGAACCAACCGGGAAGAGUUGUUUGGCUAUGAACAAUGGACGUUGUAAUUGGCCACGAGGAAAAGUACUUGGAGGUUCGAGUGUUCUUAACUACAUGCUCUAUCUUCGAGGUAGUAAAAUCGACUACGACAAUUGGGAGGCCGCAGGGAACCCUGGGUGGGGUUACAGAGAUGCACUGUACUACUUUAAGAAGUCAGAGGACAACACCAAUCCCUAUCUAGCAAGCACUCCAUACCAUUCGACUGGAGGCUAUUUGACUGUGGGCGAGGCGCCCUUCCAUACUCCACUUGCAGCGUCAUUUGUAGAAGCUGGCGUUGAGAUGGGUUACGAGAACCGCGACUUGAAUGGAGAGAAACAGGCCGGCUUUAUGAUUGCCCAGGGAACAACUCGUCGGGGUAGUCGGUGCAGUACGGCGAAAGCUUUUCUCAGACCAGCAGGCCUCAGGCCGAAUUUACACAUAACAACGUUUUCGCAUGUCACCAGGAUUAUGAUUGAUCCGGUGUCCAAGGUCGCUUUCGGUGUGGAGUUUGUCAAGGAUCGCAGAAUCUACCAUGUGAGAGCUACAAAGGAGGUAAUUCUAUCUGGAGGAACCAUCAACUCGCCGCAGAUUUUGAUGCUUUCUGGGAUUGGUCAGCGCAAGGAAUUGGCAAAGCAUCGAAUUCCUGUUAUUAAGGAACUCAGUGUUGGAGAGAAUAUGCAAGACCACAUUGGAUUGGGUGGGUUGACGUUCUUGGUCAACCAACCGGUAUCCAUUGUUGAGAGUCGUUUCCAUUCAAUGUCUACUGUCCUGCAAUACGCCGUUUUCGGGCAAGGACCUCUUACAAUUCUAGGCGGUGUUGAGGGCCUGGCCUUUGUCAAUACGAAAUAUGCAAAUAAGACCCUCGACUGGCCCGACAUCGAAUUCCAUUUUGUAUCGGGCUCAACGAAUUCCGAUGGCGGCACGCAAAUCCGAAAGGCUCAUGGUUUGACCGAUAGAUUCUAUGCCACUGUCUUCGAGAAAAUCAAUAACCUAGAUGCCUGGAGUAUAAUUCCCAUGUUGCUCCGACCUCGCAGUACUGGCUCUAUAAAGCUUCGGAGUAGCAAUCCCUUUGACUAUCCCUACAUCUAUCCGAAUUAUCUGGCUGAUGAUUUUGACACAAAAACCCUGGUGGAAGGUGUUAAGAUUGCUGUGGCACUUUCAAGAACCAAAUCAAUGCAAAGAUUUGGAUCGAAAAUAUCAGCCAUCAAAUGGCCAGGCUGUUUACAUAUACAAAUGUUCACAGACGAAUACUGGGAGUGUAUGGUUCGUCAAUACACCGUCACUAUCUACCAUCCAGUUGGAACCUGCAAGAUGGGUCCUUAUUGGGAUCCCGAUGCGGUGGUAGAUCCUCAGCUAAGAGUUUACGGAAUUAGAGGCCUGAGGGUGAUUGAUGCAAGUAUAAUGCCAAAAUUGGUUAGUGCCAAUACGAAUGCUCCAACCAUAAUGAUUGCGGAAAAGGGUUCAGAUAUGAUUAAAGAAUUUUGGAUUAAGAAUUCUGUAAUUUAAGAUAAAAAUAAAACUGUUUUUAGAUACAUCUUGAAAAGGUUUAUAUUAUACAAAUAUCUUUUUACAAGGAAGAAGAAUAUUAAAUUAUUUAUUUUAUAAGAUAAUGGCUUUAGAAUAUUUCGACAACCAAAAUUUUGAGUUUCCUUAAGUGAGUGUGUGCUUUCUAAUAGUUUAUCGUAUAAGUUUAAGUUAAGGGAAUAUUUAAUAACAAAAGAGACUAUUUUUUUUGAUGAUGUAUAAAUAUGUGUAAGUAGAAUAAUUAUAAAAAUAAA